AUUGAGUCCUAGAAUGCUGAUGUCUGUUUGUUUUUAUGUUAUUUUUUACUUAGGGUUUAUUGCUGAAAGGGAGAAUGUAGGUUUUCUAGACCCAACAGUGUGCAUAAGACAUUUUCUGGUCAUGCAUGGAUAUGCACGUAAUUGUUUGGUGGUAGAAUGUUUAUAGGUCAUAUAGCCGGAUGCUUGUGAAUGGAUGUCCUGUUUUUGUGUUUUAGUUUCAGAAUAUACUUUUUAAUGUGUUGACAUUACCUUCCAGCGUGCUGCUAGGUAGCAUUCAUUUUUGACAAUCUAUAUGCCCAUGUGAACGAUUCUUGCCUCUUUUUGCAGUAAUCAGUUUCGGAAGAAAACUAUGGCAAACUUCAGUUCAUGAGUUGUAUACAUUUUCACUCAGUGUUACAUUUAUUAAACAACUUUUGUUUUUAAUUAAAACAUUUUUGUCAGGUUUUGCAUACAAAACGGAUGCUCUCGUGGAGAUUCCCAGAAAGACUACAACAGCUGUCCUCUUUAUAUGAGUAUUUGCUGCAAUAUACAUACAAUAUUAUGUACUACUGCCAUCUAGUGGACUUUGUAUGUUAUGACACACAACCCCUAUGUGCAGCGUUACUAUAUUUUCAACAUCAUAGGAAAAUGCUGUUCUUUAAACACUACCACAUUUUACUUCUCCCAAAUAUAACACAACCGUUGUGAGGUAUUUUAUGUUGACGUCUAUAGGCAUGCAAUACCAUUGGUGUCCUUAAACAGUACUACAUUACCCAUGAUUCAUAGAAACCGGUCGAACUGGACUGUUUAACAACUCAAAGCAGUGCAGACCAGCCGUGCAGACGAUGUAUGUGCCUUUUAACAUUCAUGUAAUUAAGUUUUUAUUGAGACUUAAUUCGUUUGUGUAUUUAAGAUAUUUUAUAAGUUUGUGGAGAUAAAAGGACAAGACAACUCAAAAUAUAACGAUACACGAAUAUGGACACAAUACAAUUGUUAUUAAGCUGUGUUGUUCAGCUUUGCAGAGGCCAGAGACAACUAGCCUAAAUAUAAAUCUACAACAAAACAUCAGAUGCUUAUUACAUAAGGGUGUUACAGUCUGCCUGACUUUCAAUGCGAACCAUUCUCUUUCCCUACAACCCUGUAACCUGUUGAAAAAAACAGCAUAUGCUGGUUAGGGAUCAAUUCUUCAAAAUCAAGUUCGUUCUGGUCAGUGGGUGUCUCGGCUAUGUGCAGUACACCUUAAACAGCCCACUUCCUGCUAAUGAGGUGAAAAUUCAAGUGUUUUUCUAAAAAAAAGUUGUAUACUAUUGUAACAAUGUAUCAGAUCGUAUCAGCAACGGUUGGAGAUAUUGGCCAUUGUGCCAUGAGCCCUUAUUCUACACCUAAGCGGAAGACAGUGGGCAGACAUAGCCGUAAAUUAAUGGCAUCGAGUGCGCUUGGAUUCAUACUUGUUCUUGCUGCCAUUGUAGCGUGGUGCUACUAUUCCGCUUCUCUCCACAAAGCCGACCUUCUUACUACUGAACACCUAGACCUUAAUAAACAUGGUUAUGUAAUUCGGAAUCAAGCUGGGGUGGUCAUAUUCAGAAUGGAAUUCAGGUCUGGAACCCUAGACUUGGAUUCCUGUUCAAAAGAAGGAAAAAUAAUCAACUGUGACAAAUCCAAUUCUGGGAAUAUCAAUUUCUUCAUACAAACCGUAAAACCAAAAGACACGGUUACGUGCUAUCGCGUGCGUUGGGAUGAGCUGGAGGAGCGUCGGUUGGUGGAGCAUGCCAUGUCCUGCGGCGGUUCACAUUGGUACGGUGGGGCGGAGACCUGGUCGCAACAUUGGCCGAUCGCUCUGAAAGGGCAGAGAUCCCCCGAGCCUUUCAUUACAGGUGACAUCUAUUCGAAUCAUCAAGCUUUUGGUGGCAUCUUGGAACGCUACUGGCUUUCUUCCAAUGCCAUUGCCAUAAAAAUUAACGAUUCUGUUCCUUUUCACCUCGGCUGGGAUGAAGCCAACAAAACUUUGCUUUUCCAAUCUCGAUAUGACAAGAGCCCCUAUAGGUCAGACCCUGGACAGUACCACUAUGUCACACUAAGUUAUCGAGUCUGUGUUGGGCUCGACAUCACCUCCAUACAUAAGUACAUGGUACGCCGAUAUUUCAACAAGCCAAAUAAGGUUCCUUCGGAAGCUGUAUUCAGACACCCAAUCUGGUCUACACGGGCUCUAGCAGAAGUCAAUCAGGAAGCGGUUUUAAAAUAUGCAUCUGAUAUCCAAAAACAUGACUUUAACUGCAGUCACCUGGAACUCUAUGACGGAUACACGAGCGACUAUGGAGACUUUGAGUUCGACACCAUGAAAUUUCCAAAUUCCUCAGCUAUGUUUCAAAAACUAUGCGCAGAUGGUUUUCAGGUAACCUUAUGGACGCAUCCUUUCGUCAACUAUAAUUCUGUAAAUUUUGGUUUUGGAGUAGAAAGAGGUCUGUUUGUAAGAGCGCCUGGCGGCCAGCUUCCUGCACUUGUGCAUUGGUGGAACGGUAUUGCUGGGAUUUUGGAUUUCACGAACACGGAAACCCGUGACUGGUAUGCCUCCAAUCUCCAGGCUCUCAAGAACAAGUACGGAGUGGCUUCUUUUAAAUUUGACGCUGGAGAAACCAGCUACUUACCUCUGGAUUUCAGCACCUUUAUUCCUCUGCACGAUCCCAGCACUUUUACCCGCCGCUACACUGAGAUGGCAAUGCCGUUUAGUGACCGAGCAGAACUGCGCUCGGGCUAUCAGUCUCAAAACAUCUCCUGCUUCUUCAGGAUUAUGGACCGUGGCUCUGUAUGGGGAUAUGACUUAGGCAUCAAAUCUAUAAUUCCAACCGUACUCACUAUAAGCAUUCUUGGCUACCAGUUUAUUCUACCUGACAUAGUAGGUGGAAAUUCACACACUGAUCGAACCGGCGGGCUUCCAGAUCGGGAGCUAUACAUCCGUUGGCUGGAACUCUCAGCUUUCAUGCCAGCUUUGCAGUUCUCGCUGCCACCAUGGCUCUAUGACGAUGAGGUGGUGAACAUCGCCAGAAAAUUCACAGCCCUCCACGAGUCUCUAGUGGCCCCUAGAGUUCUUGAACUUGCAGGGGAAGUGCUGUACACUGGUGAUCCUAUCAUUCGUCCUCUUUGGUGGAUUGCUACGGACGAUGAGGUGGCUUACAAAAUUGACUCUCAGUUCCUCAUAGGAGAUGACCUUUUGGUAGCUCCUGUACUUGAACCAGGCAAGCAGGAAAGAGAUAUAUACCUUCCCGCCGGCAGAUGGAGAAGUUACAAGGGAGAAUAUUUUGACAAAGGCCCCAUACACCUUACUGACUAUCCAGUGGACUUGGAUGAGGUUGCUUACUUUCUGUGGUCAGGAUAAUUGUAAAUAGGUUGCGAAAUGGGCCAAAACACAAUACCAAGACUGUGAAUGUGAAUUAGGAUAUUUUUAAUAAGAAGUUAUAUUGAUCUAGCCAUACUGUACUCUAUUAAUAUGUCUACUUUGUGUGGUCAGGAUAAUUGUAAAUUGGUUGUGAAAUGGGCCAAAACAAAAUACCAAGACUGUGAAUUAUGUUAUUUUUAAUAAGGAAUUAGAUUGAUCUAGCCAUACUGUACUCUAUUAAUAUCUAUUCAUAUUAAGUUAUUGUUAGAUAUGACUGGUAACAGUGAUGUUUAUUUUGUAGUUUUACUUUAUAUGUCGAACAUUUAUUUGUAUGUAUAUAAUAAUAAUAUAUUAUACCAAGGGGCUGUUAAAUGCUUCAAUCUGAUUGGUGGACAAACGUUCUAUGGGUAUGCAUUAAACUUCAGUAAAAGCACACUUAUGAGGGUGUUCCAGCUCUACAGUUCCAUAUCACUUUGCCAAGUUUAAACAACAGAAAGGUUAUAGUUUAGCUUACAGGCCAUCACCGCACACAGCACCCCUCUCUUGAUCUGACGUUUAUAAUGUUAAACUUUAAUGUCAAUGGAAAUAUAUGCUGUUUCGUUCCAAAAAACAAAGCAUUUCAAAAACAAGAAAUACAUAUACUGAAGUCGAAUAAAUAAAAUAGAAAAACAAAUUGCAUUAAACACUGAUUAUCCAACCGGUUCGUUUUCCUCUUCAUCCUACUUAUAACUGAUAACAAAUAUAUUUGUAUAGACCUACUCUUUCAAAAGUUGAUUUUUUUACUGCUGAUGAUAGAAACAAAAGAAGGAAUAACAUUAGAUAAAUUAAAACAACCCUGCAACCCUGGCAUUAUAUUAUUUACGUUAAGGUCUAUGUUGGCCUUUCAUUAUUGCUUGA